ACGUAACGACUCGUUGGCACACGCGCCUCGGGGAGAAACACCUCGCGAGCGAAAUAAGACACAGGCGGCGAAAGAGGAGGGAAAUUUGAACUGACGCCGUUAGUUAGCUAACCUAGCUAGCCUAACUAGACUAGCGUGUUAGUUAGCUAAUCUAGCUAGCCUAACUAGACUAGCGUGUUAGUUAGCUAACCGAGCUAGCGUACUCGACAUGGAAAACGGGCGUCCCGACCAGCGUUACACAGUGAGCUAGCUCGUCAGCUGUUAAAAGUUGGUUAUACCGUCGACGCCACAUUCAACUGACGAUGGAACGGUUGCGAGAUUCGAAUUUGUGCCUGGAUUCCCCUUCCAAACACAGCUAUGUUGGAAGCUUUCAUAUGCCUCCGGAUAAGAUGCCCCAUAAGCUGUGCACGACUUCAGUGCCCCUCCAUCGAGAUGAAACAGUUACGAGCUGGAAGGAAAUCAACUCUCAGACAUGUGCAACAGCACCUGACGCCGGGAGCAGAGCAGUGAUAGUGGCAUUGAAGACCCUGCAGGAGAAGAUCAGGCGUUUGGAGCUAGAGCGCAUGCAGGCAGAGAGGAAUGCCACUCGCUUCUCCCAGGUCGCCCACCGCUACGCUGGUGCCCACAGUGAGCUGCAGCCCACUAGCCAAGAUGGAAAAUCCUCACCCAGGAAAGACCUGGUGUCUCAGUUGCACACAACAGAAGCACGUUGCUCACUACUGGAAAAACAGCUGAAGUACAUGAGGAAGAUGGUGGAGAGUGCAGAGAGAGAGAGACUCACUUCAGUAGGCCAAGAGGAGUGUGUGCAGCAAAGUGAAAGAGCACACAGCGAUCCACAAAUCAAGGCUCAGCUGCAGAAAUUGGACAAGCUGGAGAAGGAGUGUCUUAAGCUCACCAGCACGCAGUCCGUGGCAGAGAGAAAGAUUGAGCUUUUGGAACAGAAGUUGCUGGAAGAGGAGCACGAACGCAAACUAGUGCAGGAGAAGGCUGAGGAGUUGCAGAGAGAGCUGGAGGCCAACCUGCUCACGCUGUCAGCUGCUGAGGUCAAACCAAAGAAGAAGAAGACUAAAGAGAAAGCUUUGAGCAAAAAAUCGCUGAGGACAGAGGUGCCAGUUUCACAAUGCCUUCCUAAGAGCAAGCGCAUGCCAUUUGUCGCUGGAACAUCAACAAGCCCCAGUCACUCAGUCAGUGCCAACGUGCAGAGUGUGCUGCACCUGCUGAAGACCAGGCAGCCCCGGCCAUGCGAGAGGCCGUGCUCUACACACUUCUCUGUCAGCAAGGGCCGCCAGGCCCCUCGCCGAGCACCUAGCCCACCCACCCCUGGGGCCACUGCCCUGGGCAGCCUGUCUGAGCUGCUACUGGCCCUCCAAGAUGAGCUGGGACACAUGAGCUUUGAGCAUCAGGAGCUGGUCAAGCAGAUAGAUGAGACGGAUGAACACAAGCUGAGGGAAGAUCUGGAGAGGGAGCUAGACUGCUUAGUCAGAAGGAUGGAGGAGAAAGCUACCCAAAUCUCCAAGCUGCGCAAGCACCAGCAAACAGUGAGUGUCCAGAAGCUCUCGCAGUGUAGCCCUGGGCAGAAGCAGAGGCCCAGGUGUGCAGCUAACAUGGAUGGCCGGGGUGUAAGCGGUGUCCGAGGUUUGCCCCCUUCCCCGGCUAAAGCUCCUUCCUCUUCCCAGGCCAAAGCUCUGCCGUCCAGUGCAAGCAAGCAGCGCACCACCACCCAGGAGCGCAUACAGCUCCUCCGAGACUCCCAGAGACUGCGCUCCAGCCUCCGCCAGCAGGACAUUAGUUGGGAAACAUAGCAUUAGGCUCCUUAAUCAGCCCCAAUGCACAUAUCAACCCUUAGAGUAAGGAAGUGAUGAGGGGAAGACCAUGAACUAAGCAGAAGCAUGUGGAAAUGGGAUAUGACCUUUAGUGAACUCUAGGUCUGAAAACGCUCUGAGAAUGUGUAGUAUGUUUGUGGUGUGAUGUGAAUCUAGCAGGGCCAAGCUUGAACAAGAAGCAGUUUGUUGACUUUGGCUAAAGUUUUUCAAUGGCUUGCUCACUGAGGUAACAGAUGCAUGUUACCUUUUGACUGGGUCCUUGUUUUCCUUAAUUUUUUUUAUUAUUAUUAUUGAAUAGUGAUUGAUUUUUAUCAUGCAUUUUAAAGUCUAAAUAUUAAGGUGUUUUAAUAAAAUAUUGUCCUGGAGA